CUCAAUUUCUCUUCUCUCUGCGAGUCACUGACAGAAUUGGAUCGGAAACACUAAAAUUUCGAUCGCAAUCUUGUUCUCCCUUUGUCCUUGAUUUCGUUGCUUUCCUUCUUUUGUGCAAAUCACUGUUUCUCUAAAUCGCCCUAUUCAGAAUGAAUUCAAGUGAGCAAACUCCAUGCAACAUUGCUAGAGAAAUUGAAGUUGAUGGUUCAAAUUCUGAGAAUGAAGAUCUCUCAAAUGAGGGAAAAAGGGAACAACCACUUAAAUCCAAGAUGCGCAGAUAUGGUCGUGCUAAAGAACCUCGCCUGAUCACAAAAAAGAUUCUGCAGACCCUCAUGCACAUAGGCACGCUUUUAAUAACCAUAGUUAUCACGGCGCCAAGGCGAGGCGCGGCGCCAAUGUAUCGCCAUGACGCCUAGGCGAUGAUUAGGCGACAAAUAAUAUAUAUCUAUGUGUAUA